AUGGCUCGGUUGAAUGACUACGCGGCUCCGGCCGAGUCGAUCGAUGUCUUAAAGCGUCGAUUUGUGCGACAAAAUCGUGAGAUCGCGCGAGUUAACUCUCUGCAAUCUCUUCGCAUCCGCAGCCUGGAGUCUGAGGUGUCGCAUUUACUGUCGGAAAAUGUACUGCUUCGCAAACAGGUCAUCAACCUCACCCAAGAAACGGAGAGAUUGGAGGCAGCGAAAUCGCUCCACGAUGGGAUUUACGAUAUAAAAUCCAAGUUAGAUGCCAAGUUGGCGGAACUCAGCAGCUUGGCAACGGACCUGGGCUCCUUGCCCCGCAAAAUGGAUAAGAUGUGGGAUGAACAGUCCGAUCGGCCAAAAGUGGCAGAGUCAAGGCCUAGAAAUCCAGACAGCAUGGGAUAUGAUGAUGGAAGACUCCCCGCCAUUGUGGAGGACAAAUACUACCCACGACGGACCUUGGAGCCCCAGGAGCUUGAAAACAUGGUCCACGAGGACCAUAGCAUUUUUGAUUCGCCGCGAGAGCCCAGUUUGAUGGAGGACCACGAAGAACCAGGCAGGCAAAGUUCAAGUCCCUCGCCCCCGGAAACAACCUAUAAGUCCCUAGUGGAUGUUGAUACUCCUGGAGAGCCCGAACCCGAGCCAGUACUUCCCCCAACCCUCGAGACUCGCAAGAAGAAAAAGAAGUCGACUUCGAUUGCCGCCGUUGAAACUGUCACCGCGGACACAAAUCAGCCUACAAGCCCGCGCAACGACCCAGAAAACCUCAAAAUAUCGGGCUCUAAGCGCAAGUUCUGCCCCGAAGAAGAUGACCAAUUAUCCUCGACCAUCGACAUUGAAGAUGAUGAAUUCCAAUUCAGGCGACCGACUCAUAGCCCAAAGAAGCAGAUGAAUCCGUUCGAGCUCACCCGACGAGACCAGUCGCCCAUCAAGAGUCAUGUUGAGUCGCCUGUCAAGACCAAUAUUGAAAUGACAAAAGGAUCAUCAAACCUUGGACCUCCUAAGCGGAAGGUCCUUGAACCGAAGAGUUCCAAUUCGAACCUAGGAUCCCCGAAAAAGGCUCGCGCAUCUUCUGGUCGCGACUCCAAGGUUCUACAAAGAUCAACUAAGGGUAAUGAGAACGCAAGCUCGCCUCACAAGACCAAGGCCGUCGAGAAACUCGGGGGAAAGUGUUUGAGCCAGAAACCGCGUGUUUCCAACAUCCCCUCAUCAAACAAGGAAAAACGCACCAGUCGCCCUUCCGAACAGGAAGAACAUACCCCAAGCCUCCCAGCAUUGUCACCUCACCCCAAUGCCUUGAAGGCAGAGGCAGAGUCCGACAUGUCCUCAGGAAUUCGACCUUCACGACGUCGUGGCGUUGUAGUAAGCUAUGCAGAGCCCAAUCUACGAGACAAGAUGCGCCGUCCAACUAAGGAAAUGAUCGACGCCGUUGCUCUCGGAUCGCGGAGGUCGUCAAGUUUCCAGCCAGGUCGGGACAGUUUGAGCGCCGAAGACAAGAAAGACAUACAACCCAGUGGCAGUUUCUCGACGAAUUUCGGUUCGGUUGAGCAGAAGCAAGAUGUUUUCUCCCAGGAUAGGUCGUCUGAGCAACUAAUGGCAAUGGUGUCCCGGCGAAAGCGCAAGGUGUCGCCGGCUCCAAAAGACGAUGUUGAUUCCGGAAAUCCAAACUCCGGUCUACAGAAAGAGAUUGAGAAUAGCAUCGCAGAUAUCUCUGCCCAGGUGUCGCAAGAUACCUCCAGUUCGAGACGACAGACUCGGCGACACUCAACGAACCCCAAGAGUACGAGCGCAAGCAUGGCACAGUACGAUCUUGACAUGACCGAACCACCGUCCCCUGGACAACUCGGAACCUCUCCAGAAGACGAGGCCUUAUUUGGAGAAGGACCGACUGGUUCAACAGGGCGUGGUCAGCGAGUCGCGGCAAGAAGAAAAAGUAUGAUGGUAUGA